AAGUGCGCAUGCGUGUUAGCGUCAUGUUGGUGUAUCAAGUGCGCAUGCGCUUCUGUCACUUUUAGCCUGGCUAGACUUAGCUAGCUCCCCGGAUAGUAUUAGUGGCUAACAUUAAUGUUAACUGACUUAUUUUUUUUUACUUAAAAGACAGUUUUUUUGGGGAUUUUUUUGAGAAGUUAAAGGGCUGAUUUUAUCCGUGUGAUUUGUGGAGCAGUUGGAUGAUGACAUGGCAAGUCUAGUUAGCAGGGUGGCUAACAUGCUACCUUAGCUAGUUUACCUGUUCAUCCAUUAAUCUGCAAAUAAUGAUGAUUUAAUAUUAUUUAAAGAGGCAAUGGCAGGUCGCAGGGUGGAGUGUGUGUGGAAGAGGCACGUGGCGGAGCAGCUGAAGCAGAGGGACCGUGUGCAGAGACAAGCUUUUGAGGAGAUCAUCCAGCAGUAUAACAGGUUGUUGGAGAAGUCGGACCUGCAGGCCGUGCUCUCAGAGAGGCUGCAAACAGAGAAAUAUGAACCACAGAACAGACACGAUCUCAGCCCGGGGGCCGAGUCGAGCCGCUGUGACAUGCUGCAGCAGGAAAUGUCUCAGAUGCGCAUCAAACACCAAGAGGAGCUCACAGAGCUGCACAAAAAACGCGGAGAGCUGGCCCAGAAUGUAAUCGAGCUGAAUAACCAGAUUCAACAGAAAGACAAAGAGAUUCAGAACAACGAGGCCAAGAUGUUGGAGUACCAGCAGCAGAUCUCCCAGCUGGAGGGCGAUUGCCGCGAGCUGCGCAACUGCCUGUCGGACCUGGAGCGAGCCAAUCAGACGCUGCGGGACGAGUACGAUGCGUUACAGAUCACGUUCAGCGCUCUGGAGGAGAAACUGCGCAAAACCACGGAGGACAAUCAGGAGCUCGUGACACGCUGGAUGGCCGAGAAGGCGCAAGAGGCUAACCGGCUCAACGCGGAGAACGAGAAGGACUGCAGGCGAAGACAAGCGAAGCUGCAGAAAGAGUUGGCUGAUGCUGCGAAAGAACCACUACCUAUUGAUAUGGACGAUGACAUUGAGGUGCUUACAGAGGAGACGGGGAAAGGGACAGGAGAGAUGUCUCCCAACCACCCAGUGAGCCGCACACCCAGUAAACGAGUGUCUCAGCUUCCUCCUGGUAGUCUCCUAGAUUCCAUCUCCAAUAUGUUUGGUGUUAGCAGGCGGCGGUCUCUGAACUCCCACGGCUCGCCCCCGGACAACGCGGAGACCCCCUCCGGAGGAUGCGCCGACGUCCGCGUCCCCUCCACUGCACUCCACGUGUUUGAAGCCCAUGACGGUGAGGUGAAUGCCGUGAGGUUCAGUCCCGGUUCUCGUCAGCUCGCUACAGGAGGAAUGGACCGACGUGUAAAACUGUGGGAGGUGAUGGGAGGUCGCUGUGAGUAUAAAGGUGCUUUAAUGGGCAGUAACGCUGGAAUCACCAGCAUCGAGUUCGACAGCACGGGAUCUUACCUGUUGGCUGCGUCCAACGACUUCGCGAGCCGAAUCUGGACUGUAGACGACUACAGACUGAGGCACACAUUAACAGGACACAGCGGGAAGGUUCUCUCCGCUCGCUUCCUGCUGGAUAACGCUCGCAUCGUCUCGGGCAGCUACGACCGAACGCUCAAACUGUGGGACCUGCGAAGCAAAGUCUGUAUGAAGACGGUGUUUGCGGGCUCCAGCUGUAACGAUAUCGUGUGCACGGAGCAGUGUGUGAUGAGCGGCCAUUUUGAUAAAAAAGUGCGCUUCUGGGACAUUCGUGCUGAGAGUACAGUGUGUGAGUUGGAGCUGUUUGGUCGGGUCACGUCGUUGGACCUGAAUCACGACCGCACAGAGCUGCUCACCUGUUCCCGUGACGACCUCAUCAAAAUCAUCGACCUGCGCAGCAACGCUGUGAGACAAACGUUCAGUGCACAGGGCUUCAAGUGUGGGUCAGACUUCACCAGAGUCACCUUCAGUCCUGAUGGCAGUUAUGUUGCGGGGGGUUCAGCAGACGGUGUUCUAUACGUGUGGAACGUUCUGACAGGGAAAGUGGAGAGAAACCUCGACAAAGGACACAGCUCCUCUGUUAACGCAGUGUCGUGGUCUCCAUCUGGUUCCUACGUGCUCAGUGUGGAGAAGAGCAGCAAAGCCGUGCUCUGGUCUGACAUGUGAUUGGUCCAGCUCUGCCACUCUCUGAUUGGCUCACAUCUGCCCUGAUCUGAUUGGCUCAGCUCUGCUCCAGCCUGCUCUGAUUGGCUCACACCUGCCCUGCUCUGAUUGGCUCAUCUCUGCUUCAACUUGCUCUGAUUGGCUCAUCUCUUCUCCAGCCUACAUCAGGAUGCCGCUUUUCUCCUAGUACUUGUACGACAUUUCCCAAGAUGCAAUGUGUUUGGGGGGCGUGGCCAUCUGUACAGAAAGACUCAACUUGCCCAUUAUAAUGAUUUUAUAUCAGUAGCCUUUUUCCUGUCUAUUCACUCUGCCACUCAUCUCUGACGGGGUGUGUGUGUGUGUGUGUGUGAGAAUCAAGUGAAUCUCUACAGCAAUUAAUGAUCUCAUGGCUUUAUAAGGCUUCACUUCCUCUCUCUCUGACCUCACUUCCUGUCUACACUCACUCUACCCUUUGCAAUGUGAAACAGGAUAGAAGUGUUAGGUGUGUGUGUGUGUGUGUGCGAGAGAGCAUUAUUAUCAAUUAUUAAUUAUUCACUAUUUUUAUCACUAAUAGUAUUCCUGUAGAUCAGUUCUUCCACAGAACACGUGCGGCUCUGAGACGUCACAAACAGUCGAAUUAGCGGCCACACAGCGAGUCUUCUCACUGGCUCUAAAAAAUUAGCGGAGGUGUUUUCAAAACACGGUUUGGAUUUUGCUAAACUCCAUUUAAUAUAAGCAGAAAUUAGCUUUGGCAACAUUGAGCAAAGCUCCAGAAUGCUCUUUAAAUUUGCUACAGUUGCUUUAGUGUCACUGACUUUGCUUCACACUUUUAAACUAGCAAAGCUAGCAUUAGCCGACUGUUCCACUGACUAGCUCAAGUUAUCAUUAGCGACUAAUUAGAUAUCGGUGCUUACAGCCCGUGCUGUAAUUAUUUCUUGUUGUCUCGGUAUAUUAUAAUGAAAUGAAUUGAGGCCUUAAAAAUGUUUACAAAAGUGUGUGUCAUUAGCAACAUACACACACACACACACACACACACACACACACAGAGCAGACUGUGUGAGCCAAACACUGCAACCCAUGCUAAUAACACACCUUAUAUUAUAAAUAUAUAUAUAUAUAUAUAUGACAUACUGUCACCCCCUUUAUCUUGCCAUGUGUGUAACGGGGUCUGUGACACACACACACACACACACACACACACACGUGCAAAAUAUGGCUUAAUACUUGCACACAGAGCUUCAACAGUCUGGAAUGGGUGUGGCUUAUGAUGAAGUAACCCGGAAAUGAAGUGCACUUUAAUUAAGCCCUAACAGGUCUGCGGAAGAAAAACACACACACACACACACACACACACACACACACACAGCGCUCGUCUCCUGAACACUCUCCUAUACGGUUAUAUCAUCCUCUGAGCCACAGCAUCUCAAUGGCUCUUUCAAUAAAAAUGGGUGUGGCUUCAAUAUAGCACUUUGUGGUGGGUGGGGCUCGGGAUGACCCUUGAAUCCUAUUGGCUAAUGAACUGUGUAAUGUAUGUAUGUAUGUAUGUGUCCGUGUAUGAAACAUUGUAUGUUUACACACAAUGAAACAUGUAACAUGA